AUGGACGUGCCUACCGACACGGUGUUAUUCAACUUCCACCCAGUUGGACACACUCAUGAAGAUAUUGAUCAACUCUUCAGCUCGGUGAACCACUACCUGAGGGUUAGGGAUACGUGCACAGUAAAUGAUUUGAUGACAUGCUUGGGAGAGAUAAAAAGGAGAGGGAGACCUCAGCAUCUUCAGGCUGAGGAAUUGGAUGUAGUUCACAACUUCAAGGGAGUCAUACAGAAUCAUUUCCCCCGUCACUUUCGCGGUCAGACCAAGCCUCAUUCAUUCCGGUUCCGGAAAUCCAGCGGAAUCACACAAAUGCACGUUCGAAUGCAUGCUGGAGAAGCCUGGUGCCCUAAUGAGCAUGAUAAUCAAUACGUCAGGGAAUGUCUUGGCCCAGAUCUUGGUUAUAUCUGUCUACAGACAACACCAGAACUCCAUGUCUUCUGUGUUCUGGUACCACCUGAUUGGAAUUCAGCUGGACUGGAACUUGUGAAGGCGUCCAUCCAUAGUUACUUUCCAGAGAUGUCUGAGGAUAAAAUUCAUGCUUGGCGUGUCUUCUCUCCAGAUACCCAGCAAUCCAUGGAACCUAGAUUGUAUCUUCAGAAGUUAAGAGACCAUAAGAACACUUCACCUGAACUCAAUCCUAACAUCACCCCAGCCAUGCAAUCCUACCUGACGAACAUGAGAAGCCAACUGCUUGGACCAUUCCAACAGCCUAUCAUUGGUUCGAUUGGGAGUCGGAGACUGGGCAUAUGUGCCGGGACUGAAGAUCUUCACAUAGGUAUGCUGGCUGUUGUCUAUACGGAGGAGAAAUCAUCCCGACCAUGGAUAGGAAAGAUAGCCUCUAUAGACGAGAAGCAAGUGGCCAUCCACUGGUACAAGGGAACUUACGAGAAGACAUGGAACCCAAUGACAGGGGCUGGAAGCAUUUCGUCCGUUCCUCGAGAAUCUCUCCUCCUGUGGGGCUUCACUCUGACGGACAAGAAACAACUGCUAAGGAGUGAAACAAGAGAAGAAGUAAGGCGGCUCUAUCAGGAAACAGAUCAAAGAAUGCAACGUCAUGCAGAGACUUCAGAAGUGAACUAGGGAGUGAUUGACUGUAUAUGCCGUCUCCAAGCAAACCAUCACCUGGCCUUGGCAUGGUAUUCCUCAUCAAUGCAGCGAGAAUUUUCACCGAAAUGCUCAAGACUUCAGAGUUCAAGAUACGUGAACGAAAUUAAAGCUUUUGUUUCUUCCUAACUGUAGGGGAUAGGGAAUGUAGAGAGUUCCGGAAGAGUGGGGAAAAUCGACAGAAUAUCCAUAAGUGUUUUCACUCAAAGGUUAAGGUUGAGUUUUAUCCAGUUUCCCGUGCUUGAUGUAUUGACAUUUAAAUAUUGCACAUUUUUGUACUUUGCAGAAUAAUGGGAUAUAUCAGUUUAGCAUGGUUUACUUACCAGGAGAAUGCAAAUGGAAAAUGUUUUUGGCAGAAUCGAAGCUAGCCAUUUAUUUGUAUAUAAGUGAAGGGAAUAUAUUUUCAAAUGUCCUGACAAUA